GUUCUCUGAUAGUUUGUGGGACGUGUGUGUUUAAACGGAAAGUGUAAAUAAAGCAGUGUGACAGAGUUUAAUAGCAAACGAAACAUAAAAUAGAGUUUGAUUUUUGGCAGUGUGUAGUGUUUUUCCGAUUCAAUCAUGGCAAAGAGUAAAUCUGAAAAUAAAGCCCCCAGAAAAGAGGGGUUCAACCGGUCUGGUCACAGCAUGAAUCCAGAACGAAGGACAGAAGGACUGAAGGGAGUUGCAAAAGUACGAACGAAAUCUACAAUUAAGCGUCUUCAGAUGUACAGGAACUUCAAACCAAAACGAGAUAGAACAGGAAAAAUCAUAAGUCCAGCACCUUUUCAAGGGAAAUUAGCAUCUGGUACAGUGGCAAGAAUUGAGCCAAAUCAGAAAUGGUUUGGGAAUUCUCGUGUCAUCACACAAAAUGCACUCCAGAAGUUUCAAGAGGAAUUAGGAGUAGCUGUAAAAAAUCCAUAUGAUGUUGUUAUGAAACCAACAAAGCUGCCAAUAACACUGUUGAAUGAGAAAGCUAAGAACACAAGAGUACAUAUUUUAGACACAGAAAGUUUUGACAGUGUUUUUGGGCCUAAAAAAAGCAGAAAGAGACCGCAUAUAAGAGUAGGAGAUCUUGAAAACUUAUCAAAAAUGGCUGAAAGUAGUGCUGCUAAUUACAAAGAAGAUAAAGAUCGUGAUUUAGUGAAAGAGGACAGCGGUAUUAAAGAUGCACCCCGGGAGUGGAUAAUGGCAGCUGGGCAGAGUAAACGUAUUUGGAAUGAGCUACACAAGGUGAUUGACUCUUCUGAUGUUGUGUUGCAAGUUUUAGAUGCCAGAGAUCCAUUAGGCACCAGGUGCCCAUACAUUGAAAAUUUUUUGAAGACAGAAAAGCCUCAUAAACACCUCAUAUUUAUUUUGAAUAAAGUUGAUUUGGUCCCCACGUGGGUGACACAAAGAUGGGUUGCUGUCCUCAGCUCAGAAUAUCCUACGAUAGCAUUUCAUGCUUCUAUAACACAUCCUUUUGGUAAAGGAUCUCUGAUAAACCUACUGAGACAAUUUUCAAAGCUUCAUAUUGAUAAGAAACAGAUUAGUGUUGGCCUCAUAGGAUACCCAAAUGUGGGAAAAAGCUCUAUAAUUAACACACUUCGCUCAAAGAAGGUAUGCAAAGUGGCACCAAUAGCUGGUGAAACCAAAGUGUGGCAGUAUGUCACUUUAAUGAGGCGAAUUUACCUGAUAGACUGUCCAGGUGUUGUGUACCCAUCAGCAGAAACUGAUACUGAGAAAGUUCUUAAGGGAGUAGUGAGGGUUGAGCUAGUUCAAAACCCAGAGGACUAUAUUCCACCUGUCCUUGAGCGUGUUAAGAGAGAAUACAUUGUUAAAACAUACCAAGUAGAUGGCUGGGAAACAGCUGAAGAAUUUCUUGAGAAAUUAGCAUUUCGAACUGGGAAGCUUUUGAAAGGAGGUGAACCUGAUAUUACAAUAGUUUCCCGCAUCAUUCUCAAUGAUUGGCAGAGAGGGAAGUUGCCCUUCUAUGUUAUGCCACCUGGAUUUGAGAUUCCUCUUUCCAUGAAGGAGCAAACAGGAAACAGUGAACAUGGAAAUGAAAGUUCUGUUCCUGCAAAUGAAAGCAGUAAUAGCCAAACCCCAUGCACUACUGAAAUAAAGGAAACAGGUAACAGAAGUGAAGUACCAACAACGAAAACCAUUGACAAAGAAGAUGAAGGGAAAAUUGUCACCACUGAAAGUGAGAAUAAAGUAUCUAAUGAGAAUACAAAUGAUAAUGUAUCAGGUAAUCAUAAUAGUGCUAGUGUCAUACAGGAAAGAGCCGAUCCAAUAAAAUCUGUGGAAGAAUGUGAAAUGUCAGUUGAAACACAGGCUACAGUUAAUAUGCAGAUAAAUGAGGAAAUCACGCAAGACAGCAAUAAGAAGGAACCUUUGUUGAAAGUAAUGCAGAACUUUAGUAAAAUAAAAGUGGCAUUGCCAUAUAUUGCUAAGGAGGACAGAGAGCUAAGACAGAAACUAGGUUGUGAAGAUAAUCCUUCAGACUUCAGUGACAGUGAGGGUUCUGUAGAAGAUUCAGAUAGUGAAGUGGACAAUGAAAAUAGUGCAGAAAACCAGAAAGGGGGCGGUAAUGGUGAUAGUGACAGUUCAUCUCUAUUUGAUUCUGAUGACGAAUACUUUGAAAGUAAGCAUAAUGUUAGUGUGGAAUCAACAAGUGGUAAUUUCCAGGUAACAAAUCUGAAACACAAGAAAAGACGAAAGGUUGAUCAAGACAGUGCUUCUCUUCCUCAGCUAACAAGUAAAAUGCGAAGAAGAAUAGAAAGACAAAAUCGGCCUAAAAAGAUUGGAAGUAAUUUCUAUGCUACGCAUAAUGUGAAAAAUAGAAAUAGAAAUAAAAAGAAAAUAUAAAUACAAUGUAUGGUGGUUAGGCUUUUUAAAAAUGGCAAAUCAUUUGUGUUUAAUUAUCAUUGUUGUUAU